AGGAGGUCGUGCCACGCGAGUUUUCCCGCGGGGUCCCUCAGCCCAGCCCCGCGGGUUGAGACCUGAGAACUCAUCGCACUGCCCGCGCCUCCGCGGCGGCGGGGAGCCGGGGCUGGGAUUGGGAGCCGGGACUGGGACGGGGGGGCCUGGGCAGCCCCCACUCCGGCGGCUGCAGGUCUGGGGAGAUGGCCGGCAACAUGCGCCUGCUGCGGGCCCUGCUCUGCCUCUGGCCACUGGCCGAGGCCACCUUGGCUUCCCGGGCGCGCACCCGCCGGGAGCUGGCCCCCGGCUUGUACGAGCACGGGGUCUACGAUGCCAGCGGGUCCUACUGCCAGCGCGGGGACGUCUGCUGCCACGGCCGCGACGACGGCUGCACCGUCCCCUACCACGACACCCUCUGCUACUGCGACCUCUUCUGCAACCGCACCGUCUCCGACUGCUGCCCCGACUUCUGGGAGUACUGCCUGGGCAUCCCGGCCCCCUUCCCCAAAGCCCCAGGCUGCGCCCGCGCCGGUCGCAGCUACCCCACGGGAGCCACGUACCGGGAGAACUGCAACCUGUGCACCUGCGGCCCCGGCGGGCAGUGGGAGUGCGAGGACCAUGCCUGCCUGAUGGAUGGGGAGCUGAUCGACGCCGUCAACAGGGGCAAUUAUGGCUGGAGAGCCGCCAACUACAGCCAGUUUUGGGGGAUGACGCUGGAGGACGGGAUCCGGCACCGCCUGGGCACCUUCCGACCCUCUCCCACCGUCAUGAACAUGAACGAGAUGCACAUGAACAUGGACUCCAACGAGGUGCUGCCCCGCCAUUUCGACGCAGCCGCGAAGUGGCCCGGGAUGAUCCACGAGCCGCUGGACCAGGGCAACUGCGCCGGUUCCUGGGCCUUCUCCACGGCGGCCGUCGCCUCGGACCGCAUCUCCAUCCACUCCAUGGGGCACAUGACGCCCGCCCUGUCACCCCAAAACCUCCUGUCCUGUGACACCCGCAACCAGAGGGGCUGCAGCGGGGGGCGGCUGGACGGAGCCUGGUGGUACCUCCGCCGGCGGGGGGUGGUGACAGACGAGUGCUACCCCUUCACCAGCCCGCAGAGCCGGCCGGCGGCCCAGCCCUGCAUGAUGCACAGCCGCUCCACGGGCAGGGGCAAGCGGCAGGCGACGGCACGUUGCCCCAACCCCCAGACCCACGCCAACGAGAUCUACCAGUCCACCCCUGCCUACCGCCUCUCCUCCAGCGAGAAGGAGAUCAUGAAGGAGCUGCUGGAGAACGGCCCCGUGCAAGCCAUCCUGGAGGUGCACGAAGAUUUCUUCAUGUACAAGAGCGGGAUCUAUCAGCACACGCCGGUGGCCGAGGGGAAGGGGCCAAAGCACCAGAGACACGGGACCCACUCGGUCAAAAUCACUGGGUGGGGAGAAGAGCAACUGCCUGACGGCCAGAUCCAAAAAUACUGGACGGCAGCCAACUCUUGGGGCACGGCGUGGGGCGAGGGCGGCCGAUUCCGCAUCGCCCGCGGCGUCAACGAGUGCGAGGUGGAGACCUUCGUGGUGGGCGUCUGGGGCCGCGUCAGCAUGGAGGACAUGCCCCACAAGUGAACCCCCCCCACACCCCACACCCCCCCCCCCCAAAACCGCCCAGAGGGGCCCCCCAGCCCCGCGGAAGUCCUUGUCCCCACCGUGCCCAGCACCGCAGCCCCUCCAUCCCCUCCUAGGGGGACCCCCCCCCCGCCCCAUCAUCUGGGGCAGGGGGAUGGGGCUGUCCCCUGGGUUCCCGCCCCCGGGGGUGCCCCCCCCCCCCCGUGCUGACGUGGCGGCUGGGUGCAGUGGCGCGUGUGGCCGGGGGCGCCCCCGGGGGCCGGUCCCGAGUCCCGUGGGAUUUACCCACUAAUCCCCCCCGGCUGGGUUUCGGUGGCAGCCGGGGGCUCUUCAAAGGCAGCCGCCCCCCCCCCCCCCCCCUUCCCCGCACCGCA